AUGGGCUCUGUGUCAAACCAGCAGUUUGCAGGUGGCGGCGCCAAGGCGCCGGAGGAGGCGCAGGAGGACGCGGCCCGGGCGGCCGAGGAGCCGCAGCUGCUGCACGGAGCCGGCAUCUGUAAGUGGUUCAACGUGCGCAUGGGAUUCGGCUUCCUGUCCAUGACUGCCCGCGCCGGGGUCGCACUCGACCCCCCGGUGGAUGUCUUUGUGCACCAGAGUAAGCUGCACAUGGAGGGCUUCCGGAGCCUGAAGGAGGGUGAGGCCGUAGAGUUCACCUUUAAGAAGUCUGCCAAGGGCCUGGAAUCUAUCCGAGUCACUGGCCCUGGUGGGGUGUUCUGUAUUGGGAGUGAGAGGCGGCCCAAAGGGAAGAACAUGCAGAAACGCAGAUCAAAGGGAGACAGGUGCUACAACUGUGGAGGUCUAGACCAUCAUGCCAAGGAAUGCAAACUGCCACCCCAGCCCAAGAAGUGCCACUUCUGCCAGAGCAUCAACCACAUGGUGGCCUCGUGUCCACUGAAGGCCCAGCAAGCUCCCAGCUCCCAGGGAAAGCCAGCCUGCUUUCGGGAGGAGGAAGAAGAGAUCCAUAGCCCCGCCAUGCUCCCCGAGGCCCAGAAUUGA